AUACCCAAAAAGGGGUUAAUAUAAUAUGUCAUAACCUUGGCCGUAUUCCAUCCAAGUAGUCUCGACGGAGCCGCCCAAACCCACCAACACCAAGCGAUUCAAACUCCAAUCUCCACCAACACGACCACGGCGGAGGCGGCGCGAUCCUUAAUAAUAACUAGGUUCGUUGCUUAAACGGCGCCAAAAGCAUGUAUCAAACCUGCUCCGCUGCGCCAUGUUUCGUUGCUUCUUCGCUUUCAGUCACAAGCGACUCUCCAACAGUUCGAAAUCUACUACAAUAUGUAAUCAAAUAGAUUACCGAUUUUCCACUCUCAUUCCCUCACCUUCUCUUCCUCAACAACACAACCACCCUCUCCUCUACAAAACCCAGAUAAUCGAUCGGCGUUUCAAUGUAUCUCGUCCUCAUGUAAUCCCAUUGCAAAACUCGGUUGAUCAAUACAAAACUACCCAAAUUGAAAUAAAAAACUCGCCUUGCUCUUUAAAUGUUUCGCACCAAGGUUUUGAGAUGGCUGAAUAUUUGUUCGAUAAGCAUCAGGGUGCUUGUUGUCCAAAGGAGGCUAAGCAGUUUCAUCUGCAGAUUGUAAAGCAUGGGUUUGCUAGUGAUAUUUUCCUGUGCAACACCCUAAUUAUUGUAUUUGUAGGAAUUGGUGAUAUGGGAUCAGCACAAAAGCUGUUCGAUGGAAUGCCUGAGAGGAAUACUGUAACUUGGACGUGUUUGAUAUCAGGAUACACGCAGAAUGGCAUGUCAAGCAGGGCAUUUACAGUGUUCAAAAAUAUGCUUCGUGAGGCGCUUUUCCCUAGUCCUUAUGCUUUUGGCAGCGUUCUUCGAGCUUGCCAGGAGCUUGGACUGGACGGGCUUAAUUUUGGAAUGCAAAUUCAUGGUUUAAUUUCAAAGUCUUGUUAUGCAUGUGAUGUUGUGGUCAGUAAUGUGCUAAUAUCGAUGUAUGGGAGCUUCUGGGGUUAUAUUGCAUUUGCUCGCCGUGUUUUUGAUGAGAUACUCAAUAGGAAUUCAGUGUCCUGUAAUUCAAUUAUUUCAGUUUAUUCACAACGUGGACAUGUUCUUUCUGCUUUUGAGCUGUUCUCAAACCUGCAAAAGGGGGGGUUGGGGUUCAGUUUCAAACCUAACGAGUACACCUUUGGCAGUUUAAUAACUGCUGCUUGGUCUUCCCUUGGUUCAGGUUUGUGCUUGCUUGAGCAGAUGCUCGGAAGGGUUAAAAAAUCUGGAUUUCUUUCAGAUCUGUAUGUGGGUAGUGCUUUGGUUAGUGGAUUCGCAAGGUUUGGGUUGGUUGAUCAUGCAAGAAAAGUUUAUGAGCUUAUGAGCCAAAGGAAUGCAGUCUCCAUGAAUGGCUUGAUGGUUGGACUUGUCAGACAGAAGCGUGGUGAGGAAGCUGCUGAAGUGUUUGUGCAGUUGAGAAACUUAAUUGACAUCAAUAGUGAUUCCUAUGUGAUUCUAUUAAGUGCUUUUGCAGAGUUUGCUGCAUUGGACAGAGGGAGAAGAAGGGGUCAAGAAGUUCACGGAUAUGUAAUCCGAACUGGGUUAAGGGAUUCUGUGGUUGCGAUCGGAAAUGGACUUAUUAAUAUGUAUGCUAAAUGCGGGGCUAUCAGUGAUGCUAGAUCAGUAUUUAAAUUCAUGGUUAGUAAAGAUUCAGUCUCAUGGAAUUCCAUGAUCUCUGGCCUUGACCAGAAUGAGUGUUUUGAAGAUGCAGUCAAGAGCUACCGUGCAAUGAGGAGGACCGGAUUGACGACGUCAAAUUUCACGUUGAUAAGUACAUUGAGUUCCUGUGCGAGCUUGGGUUGGAUCACUUUGGGACAGCAAUUGCACAGUGAUGGGAUCAAAUUGGGCCUUGAUUUGGACGUUUCAGUUUCGAAUGCACUCAUUGCAUUAUAUGCAGAAAGUGGAUUCCUUGCUGAAUGCCAGAAAAUUUUCUCCUUGAUGUGGGAUCAUGAUCAAGUUUCAUGGAAUUCUGUUAUUAGGGCAUUGGCUGAUUCAGAGACAUCAGUUUCUGAAGCCGUUGAAUAUUUCUUGGAAAUGAUGCGAGCUGGAUGGAGUCUCAACAAAGUUACCUUCAUAAAUGUUCUUGCUGCAGUGUCAUCUCUCUCCCUCUGUGAAUUAAGCCACCAGAUACACACUCUACUGCUAAAACACGAUAUGGUCAAUGACAGUGCUAUUGAAAAUGCACUUAUAACUAGCUAUGGUAAGUGUGGAAAGAUGGACCAAUGUGAGAAAAUCUUUUCUAGGAUGGCUGAAAGAAGAGAGGAAGUUAGCUGGAGUUCCAUGGUUUCUGGAUACGUUCAUAAUGAGCUCUUGCCUGAGGCUGUGGAUUUGGUCCGGUUCAUGAUGCAGAGGGGUCAGAGAUUGGAUGGUUUCACCUUUGCUACUGUUCUUAGUGCUUGUGCCUCCGAAGCAACAUUAGAGCGUGGUAUGGAAGUCCAUGCUUGUGCAAUUAGAGCUUGUUUAGAAUAUGAUGUUGUGGUUGGGAGUGCACUUGUUGACAUGUACUCCAAAUGUGGAAGAAUAGAUUAUGCAUUGAGAUUUUUCAACACGAUGCCUGUGCGGAACAUUUAUUCUUGGAAUUCAAUGAUAUCAGGCUAUGCUCGUCAUGGAGAUGGGGACAAAGCUCUAAAGCUAUUUACACAAAUGAAGCAAGAUGGUCAGUCACCAGAUCAUGUCACCUUUGUGGGAGUGUUAUCAGCUUGUAGCCAUGUUGGGUUGGUUGAUGAAGGAUUCUGGCAUUUCAAGUCUAUGACUGAAGUGUAUGGAUUGGCUCCCAGGAUGGAGCACUUUUCAUGUAUGGCUGAUCUUCUUGGGCGGGCAGGUGAACUUGACAAGUUAGAAAGUUUCAUCCAUACCAUCCCAAUGAAGCCAAACGUUCUUGUUUGGAGGACAGUGUUAGGGGCUUGCUGCAGAUCGAAUGGUCGCAACACGGAGUUGGGUAAGAGGGCUGCUGAAAUGCUUUUAGAAAUGGAACCAGAGAAUGCUGUGAACUAUGUGCUUCUAUCUAACAUGUACGCUUCUGGAGGCAAAUGGGAUGAUAUGGCAAAGGCUAGGAGGGCUAUGAGGGAGGCAGCCGUUAAGAAGGAAGCUGGGCGUAGCUGGGUCACCAUGAAAGAUGGUGUCCAUGUUUUUGUUGCCGGGGACAAAUCCCACCCGGAGAAAGACAAGAUCUAUGAAAAGCUCAAGGAACUCAACCGUAAAAUAAGGGAUGCUGGAUAUGUGCCACAAUCAAAAUAUGCAUUGUAUGAUCUUGAUGUGGAGACCAAGGAAGAACUCCUGAGCCUUCACAGUGAGAAAAUUGCAGUUGCUUUUGUUCUGACUCGCAAUUCAGGAAUGCCUAUUAGGAUCAUGAAAAAUCUUCGGGUGUGCGGGGAUUGCCAUACAGCCUUCAAAUAUAUAUCAAAGGUUGUUGGUAGGCAAAUAGUACUCAGGGAUUCCAACAGAUUUCAUCAUUUUGAAGAUGGUGAGUGUUCAUGCCAUGAUUACUGGUAAUUCUUUAAUGAUCCCCAUUAGUUUUUUGAGGCUCAUCAUUCAUCAAGGAUCCCAAUAUGGAGAAACUUGAAAAAGAAGCUUCAUCAUUCUUUGAGUGAAUAAAUCAAGCUAGAUCAUCAGAGUAGCCUAACUCAUGGAUCAGUCUUUUCCCUGUAUAGUCCUAUGAGGAUCAGCAUUGUUGUACACUAAAUUGCUUAAGUUAACACAUUUCCAAUUACCAAUUUUGGCCUGAUUGAAGUGAUGUGUCCUGGUUAUUUAUACUUGGAGAGGUGCUAAUGCAAUGAAUGAAACUUUCAUUGAUUUUGUCUUU